CGUCCAAGACUGCGUGUGAGUGACACUGAUUAAAUACAAAAGUGAACACUUUAAUAGACUUCCAAGACUGCGUGUGAGUGACACUGAUUAAAUACAAAGGUGAACACUUUAAUAGACUUCCAAGGUGAUGCAUUUUUGAGGAACUGAAGACUUUGUGGUCAAUAGCAGAACAUUAAGGACUCCUAGAGUGUAAAACAUGUCUUUACACUGCCAGCCAAACCACAUUUCUGUUUAGACUGCAUCACAUUUCAAUGGGGAUUAAAAGCACUUCAUUUGAUUAUUUUCAUUCCAUUUACUCUAUAUUGUUAGGUCAGUUGGUGGCAAAUAUUGGAGAGAAAUACUCAGUCGUAUUGUAUUGAAAGUGCUUUUUUUGUCUUUGUAUGUUGUAUAUGUGUUUAAUUGUUCAAAUAAAAAAAAUAAUAAUUUAUUAGAAAAAAUGGAAAUGGUGUCCAAGUUGCAUGUAAAUAGGUCAAUUUGGUUCGAUUGUUCUUGGGAAAAACAAAAGACCGGCGGUAUAAAUAAAGAGACUAGUCAAAUAUGACCUCAUGCUAGCCACGAGUGCACUGACAGUCUGCUGCUAAUUAAUGCUAAUGAAUCUGCCGCUAAUUGAUACUGACCAGUCUGCCACUAAUUGCUGCUAAGGAGGCCUGCGACCAGGUGUCACACACCACAUGAUGCCAGUUGGAGCUGCAUCACUUUUUCCAAAGCAGCAUGGAUUAUGCUGGAAGGAUUACAGCCUCAGGUAAUCCAAUCACUGGGAACCUUCCAGCCCUCCACUUCACUUCCUGCACGCCAACACAACUCAGCCCAGAACCAUGACGCCUGGCAGGGAAGGCAGCUGACACCAUGCCCUUCAUUGUCAGAGCAAGACCCCCCAGGGGGAACCAGUAUGGCGGCAACAGAAGACGUACUUCCUGUGCCGACGCCCCGGCUCUGUGGUCCCAAAGUCAAGGUCACGUGCAGCAGCUGGGCCCGGCCGGGACCGCUCACGCCCCCCGCCAGCGCCGGCAAGCCCGUGGGCUCGUCCUGCGGCCUCCUGGGAGCGGACGGCGGUAUCCGGGGCCUCGCCUCCUCCGCCCCCGGCACCGGCGUCAGCCCCGUCCUGGCCUGGCACGCCGCCAUCAAUGCCGCCCGCCAGGCCAAGGGCGAUGCCACCAAGCCCGAGAUGAGUCCGCAAGUCUCGGCGUGCACGGGCUCGCUGGCGCACAGGAAGCGUCAACAAUACGCCAAGAGCAAGAAGCAGGGCGGCUCCGCCAACACUCGACCACCCAGAGCCUUGUUCUGUCUCAGCCUGGUCAACCCUCUGCGCAGGACCUGCAUCAGCCUGGUGGAGUGGAAACCUUUUGAUGUCUUCAUACUUCUCUGCAUCUUUGCCAACUGUGUGGCCUUAGCUGUCUACAUGCCCUUACCUGCUGAUGACUCUAACUACACCAACCUGCACCUGGAAACAGUGGAAUAUGCCUUCCUCAUCAUUUUCACCAUGGAGGCGUUGAUAAAGAUUGUUGCUUACGGUCUGCUCAUGCACCACAACUCUUACCUGAGGAAUGGCUGGAACAUGUUAGACUUUGUCAUCGUCAUCGUGGGGUGA